AUUUCAACUACCAUAUUCCAGCCAUGGCUCAACUUUGUUUGGACCAAUUGCUUUCCAAUAGAAAGACUUCUUCCUUAAUUCUUAUUAAUGACUCUAUUCGAUUCUCAGCUUUACCUUUACUUUAUGAAUUCUCUCAACGAGCUCUUGAUACUGAUCAACAAAUCAUUACUCUUUUGACAGAAACCUCACCUACUGCCUGGCUUCAAACAUUCAACAAUAAUAAAAACAAAAUUCAUAUCAUUGAUGCUUUCUCAGAUCCUUUAGGUUGGGAACUUGAUAGUCCUAUUAUAUACGAAAAAGAUACUCAAGGUGGUGGUUCCCUUGUACGAUUGACACGUCUUCCUGACUUUGAACGUCAUGUUCUACCACUUUUGAUGGACUGGAUUAAAAAAGCACCUGCUACAUUGAUUAUGGUCGAUUCUUUGACUCCUUUGACUCGAAUCUCUAGUCAUCGUACAUAUCAAUUUGUCAAGGCUUUGGAAUCCCUCACAACAGAAACAAUACGAGCAGUGGUGGGUUAUCAUGCGGAUAUACGACCAAUGAUAGAUAAUAAAACAAUGAUUCAUCAAUUACCGCCUUUAUCUGACUCUUUGAAUCGAUUAGCAUCAGUGGUGAUGACAUUGGAACAAUUGAAAGCACCUACAGCUCAAACAGAAACUCAAGCACGAUUGACAGGAUUCGUUGCUCAAGAUACCUUUUCUUAUCUUCAUACCACAUCCAACCAAGUGACUCGUGGUGGGGUGGCUAAAAUAGAAUGGCGUCGUAAAAGUGGCAAGGUGAUUUAUGAAACCAAUGGAUUCCUUUUGGACAAUGGACGACUUGUCGUGGUACCUGCUUCUCAAUUGGGUGUUCAAGAACAAGAUGAAAAUGAAGAAAGUGAUGAUGAUGAGAAGAACAACAAAACCGAUACUCCUGAUCCUACCGCCAAUUUAUCCUUCAACUUAUCUCUGACGGAUGAACAACGCAAAACAAAGGAGAAUUUAGUACUUCCUUAUCUUAAGGCUCAACAAGUUGAAAUUGAUGGUUCUACUUCUUCUUCUACUUCUUCCUCCGGUGGUGCUAUUUAUUAUGAACCAGAUGCCGCGGAUGAUUUUGAUGACGAAGACCCUGAUGAUGAUUUGGAUAUUUAGAUAGAUGGGGUUGUUUAAUAUAUAUAUAGUUGUUGUUGCUGUUUUUCUUUUUUUAUAUAUAUUUUGUACAUAUUUAUAUUAUUAGUUUAAUUGAAUUCAAUAAAGAUCUUUUUAGAUAUCAAAUUAA